CUGCGGAUCCGCUUCCUAGAUCAACCAUGGCCCAGCCCGGGACCCUGAACCUCAAUAACGAGGUGAGCACCGAGGUCUGGGGGCGUGUGGGGAUGACCUUGGGGGCCUUUGAAGGGCACUUGUGCGUUUCUCUGAAGGACGCGUGGUCUGGCCGGGGUGAGGAUGGGAAGUGCGGAGAGGAGCCUGCCGGUGGGCCCGGGCUGGUGUCCGGACCUGGGAGGAUGCCGCGGUAACUCCGCUUCAGGUUUCUAGGUGACUGAAGCAAGAGACGUACCCCUGACGUCUGGACCCAGGAAUUCGUGUCUGUGGAACUUUGGGGAGUUAUAUAUGUUGUGAAGAUGAGAAAAGAAGUGAAGAGAAUCCGAGUUUUGGUUAUCCGAAAACUUGUCAGAAGUGUUAGCAGACUGAAGUCAAAAAAGGGUACUGAAGAUGCACUGUUAAAAAACCAAAGGCGGGCACAACGAUUGCUUGAAGAAAUUCAUGCCAUGAAGGAAUUGAAACCUGACAUAGUAACUAAAUCUGCUCUUGGUGAUGAUAUCAAUUUUGAAAAAAUCUGCAAAAAGCCUGAAUCUACUGCGACUGAAAGAGCAAUUGCCAGAUUAGCAAUGCACCCUCUUCUGAAGAAAAAAAUAGAUGUGCUGAAAGCUGCCGUCAAAGCCUUCAAAGAUGCAAGACAGAAUGAUGCUGAAGUUAAGUCAUCAACGAAUGCUUCAGAAGAAAAUCAUUCCAAGGACACUUCAUGUUCAAAUGAUGAUGCUAUUAAGUUGCAGCAUGAAGUUGCUAUUAUCAGUGAGCAAAAAGACAAGGAAGCCAAAAUAUUAGCAAAGAAACCAAUUAAUAGUUCAAAAGAAAAAAUAGCCAAGAUGGAACAUGGACUCAAAACAGUGGAUAUUCCAAAUUCUCCGUCACAGCCUUCUGGAAAGGAUUCUGUAGUUUCCUCUGGACCGCAGAAGACGCCUGCUGACCCCAAAAUGAAAACAUUAAGUCAAAAGCAAGAAAAGAAAGCCUUUGAUAGUUCACUUGGUAAUAACAGUGAUGGAGAAGAAUCACAUGAAGAAGAGAAGGAGUAUUUUGAUGAUAGCACAGAAGAAAGGUUUUACAAACAGUCUUCCAUGUCUGAGGAUAGUGAUAGUGGAGAUGACUUCUUCAUUGGUAAAGUCAGACGGACACGAAAGAAGGAAAGUAGUUGUCCUUCUUCAGUUUUGGAACAAAAAUCUCCCAAAAAAGUGUUCCCUGAAGAAGAUAUACUUGAAACCCGUGAGAGUAUAAGAAAUGACAAAAACAAGCCAAGUACAGAAGCAAGGAAGUUUGAAUCAGUGUUUUUCCAUUCUUUAUCUGGAUCUAAAAGCUCUAGAAGAAAUUACAGAGAACAGGCUCCAAAAAGCAGCACCCCAGGUUUUCAGCAAAAUGACCAUCAACUCAAAAAUCAGUUUAUUAAGAAUGCACCAAGAGGACCAGAAAAUACUAAACAGCAGACACAGCUGCCUCUUCAUCCUUCAUGGGAAGCAAGCAGGCGGCGAAAAGAGCAGCAAUCUAAAAUUGCUGUGUUUCAGGGGAAAAAAAUUACGUUUGAUGAUUAAUUAGUACCUCUUUUUGUGAACUUUUUCAUCUAAAAAAUUGUUGUCCUU